CCCGAAUUAAUGACCCGGUUCGCUUACAAGAGGCUCCCACUUGUUUAAUUUACCAGCGUUUGCUCAUUAUUUAACAUUCAUGUGAGGUAAUAAAACUAAAGUUAAGCUGACCUGCUUUCGUUUCCUUCAGUUUUCCUAAAUUUAGGAAGCAGUACAUUUAUUUUGACGUUGACAGGAAGUAGAAGUUGAUGACAUCCGGUCAUGAGUCCAUCUUUCGUAGUCAGAAUAAUAACAGGGUGGAGAAUGAGUUCAUCUGAGUCGAGAUGAGUGUUAGCAGUAAGACGGGCUCGUGUGUCGUGUGUGAGGGUGGUCAGUGAAGUGGUCUCUUAUGGCGGGACUGUCGCAGUUAGUGCUGCGCGUGUCCGGCUCGUACGGGGUGUUUUCUAAAGGACUCAGCAGAACUCUGCUCAUCUUCUUCGAUCUCGCCUGGAGACUGAGAAUCAGAUUCCCUUACCUCUAUGUUAUCGCCUCCAUGAUGUUUAAUGUGCGACUGCAGGUUCACAUUGAGAUACAUUGAUUGACACUGAAUAGCUGCUGCUUUGAUAUUUCACCUCGUUGAACUGAAGCCCAGUAAUGGCUCUCAACUCUAUGGUUUACACAGACUUCAUCAAUGAAGCUCAUGAAUUAUCUAUAGCUCAGAGACAUACAGACAAAAACAUGCUGACUGGGAUACCAGUAGGAAUUAUUUGUGCAAAAUGGACAUCGGCUUCAUCAGAGGAGAUGACUAGGAACGUAUGAUGAUACAUCUCUCACAGUUUCAUGUUAUUUUCUUUAUUUUAGAAAGGUAAAUACCUCAUGCUCAGCCGUUGGAUGGUACGGGACCCUCAGUCUCAAAAUACACGUUUGGGAUGAGUUGCUGUGCUCCAGUGUACUUUUAACACAGAGGGAAUGCAUGAUAAAAAACAGUGUUAAAAUGUGUUUUUUUCACACAUUUCUGUUUUGCAUAUCAAGAGAAAUUUAGAUUAAUAUAUUGUUUUUUUGGGUGCGUGUUUAGUCACCGCAUGACAGCUCACAGCGGGACGGACUCCACCAUUCACCUUCGUCAUGUACUCACUAACACAGUGGCAACUGUUACAGAAAACUACAGGGAUUUGUAUAUAUAGAUGGAUUUAUUUGUUUGUGUUUUUGUUAUUACUCAGUCUGUGCUUUAUAUGGCACAUGCAUUUUGGGAGGAUUGUGAAUGUACUGUGAUUUAAUCUUUGAUAAUAAAUUAUGAAAAGUUUUUUAAUUUUUUUUUUGCCUUGCCCUGUGACUCAGAUGAUGCUUUUUACAUUAUUAAAUGAAUGCUCCAAGUUUAAUAAAAGUUUCUAUCAGUUACCACAGAAAGUCGGUGUUUCUCAAGUUCCUGUACACAAAAUAUACUUUGCAAUUGUGUGAUGAAAAAAUGUUAUUGCAUCCAGAAAAAAAGCUUUCAGAGAAAGAAAAAUGACUGUAUUUUUUUUUUCGAACACUAGAGGGCACCAUCUCAUUCGUCUUUCUUUUUUUUCUUUUUUUUUUUUUACCAUUUCAGUAUUUAUUGUGUGAAAUAAAAUCUUUUUAUUAUAGAAACAGAAAACAGAAAAGACACCUUUCAGGAAAAUAUUAACAAGCAAAAUGUAACAAACAAGGGGGAAAAGAUACACACAAAAAAAUGUACACACUAAAUGCGUUACUCUGUUAAAUAUAAAUUAAAUCAUAACAUUUCCUAAUAAUAAUAAUAAUGAUUUAAAUACAUGAAUCAAAUCAACCAUUGGUAAGUAGAGGAAAGGAGAUUAAAAAUCAUCAAUAUCAUCAAAACAUUUCUCAGAUUAUUUCAGGAAUCUGUGACAUUUUAUUAUUAAUUUAAUGAUAAAAUUGUAAUUUAAUUUUAUUUAAAUUUCCAUUAAGGGAGCAAGUUCGAAAACUUCUGUUUAUAGAUUGGGGGAAAAAAAGAAAGAAAGAACCUGAGGAUAGAUUCCACUGACUUGGAAUUGGUUUGAAGUGUCAGUAAUAGCAAAUAAUAUCUUUUAAAUUAAAGGACAGAGUAAUAAUUUCUCAUUCAUUGUUUAUAACCAAAGCUUGGAACAAUGAUGAAUCUUUUUUCAUCUUUCUUCUUCACCUAUUUUUAUUUUUAUAAUUAUUUUUUAUUAUUAUUUUAUGUAUGUAUUUAUAUAUUUAUUUGACUGUACCUUUAAAAAACAAUUUUGCUCUUACUGUAGAAAUGUUUUACAGAAAUAAACAGCACUGUUUAUAAUAAUGUCCAUUCAUACAAGACAAAGACUCCAUCCAUAUCUCUGUAACACAAUUAUAUGA